AUGGCGGGCUUCCGCAUGCUACCUAGAAGCGGGGUCGUCACCCGUACCAGCGUGCAACAGCAGCACCAGGCCAGCGCAUUAGUCACGCCCUGGGACCUCAACGCUCCAUUCCACGCCCACUCGGGUCGCACUGCCUGGGAAGUAGCAGAGCGGGAAGGAGGCGGAGGGAAAUGGGUGGUGACACCUUUGUAUAAAGCAGUGUUGCUUUUGGAGGCAAUUGGCAAUUUUUUCCAGCCCGGGGGCCAAAUGCGCUCAGGGGUCCCUUACUCCUAUGUGCAUGGUGGGCAAGUGGUGGAUGAGAAUGUGGCCGUGGACUUACAGACACACGCACACCGCUGGAGAAGAUGGCUUCCCAACAGCCCGCGGAACAUGGACAGUAACAGGGCUAGUCAGGAACAGGAACGCGAGGAGGAAGAGACAGUGCAGGAGGAGGAAGAAGCCGGGCGCUUUCCAGGCCUGAUGUCAGCGGAGGACAUUGGCAACAACUCACAAAUUGAGGAAGACACGGACCACAACUACUACACAUCCAAAAUGUACAGCCCGGCAGAUCCGACAAGCAAGGGCUUGUGGGUAAACAUCGAGCAGAUGGACAAGGAGAAAGUGAAGAUUCAUGGGAUUCUCUCCAACACUCACAGACAAGCAGCGAGAGUCAAUCUGUCCUUCGAUUUCCCUUUCUAUGGACAUUUUCUGCGUGAGAUCACCGUGGCGACUGGCGGGUUCAUCUACACAGGCGAUGUGGUACACCGGAUGCUAACGGCCACGCAGUACAUCGCCCCCCUCAUGGCUAACUUUGACCCGAGUGUGUCCAGAAACUCAACAGUCAUCUAUUUUGACAAUGGUACAGCUCUGGUGGUGCAGUGGGACCACGUCCACCUACAAGACAACUACAACUUGGGCAGCUUCACGUUCCAGGCCACGCUGCAUGACACUGGACGCAUUGUCUUUGCUUACAAAGAGAUACCCGUUGAACUGUCACAGAUUAGCCCGCUCAAUCACCCAGUGAAGGUUGGCCUCUCGGAUGCUUUUGUGGUGGUUCACAAAAUUCAGCAGAUACCCAACGUACGGCGGCGGACCAUCUAUGAAUACCACCGCGUGGAGUUGACCAAGACAAGGAUUACCAACUCUUCUGCCGUGGAAUUUACACCAUUGCCCACAUGUCUUCAGUUCACCACCUGUGGGACGUGCAUCUCCUCCCAGGUUAACUUCAACUGCAGCUGGUGCCAUCGACUUAACAGAUGUUCCAGUGGAUUUGACCGCCAUCGGCAGGACUGGGUGGACAACAGCUGUCCAGAUGAGACAAAAGACAAGAUGUGUGACAUCCUUGACACUACAUACCUCUACCCUUUCACCACAUCGGUUGGCACUAAGGUCACACCCAGAAGCAAAGAAGCCCUGCCUUCCACCUCGCUGCCACCUACCAGUGCCCCAACUGAAGAUGAUACCAAGAUUGCGCUGCAUCUCAGAGAAAAUCAAGUGAUGCCGGCAGACAGCGCGGCGGACCGGACGACGGGCGCGCAUCCUCUACACACGGGUUUGAUCCUAGGCGUUCUGCUCGUGAUGCUCAUCAUGGUGGCGGGCGUAAUGAUUACGGUCUACAUCUACCAUCACCCGACGUCAGCUGCCAGUUUAUUCCUGAUCGAGAGACGGCCGAGCAGAUGGCCGGCCAUGAAGUUUCGCCGCGGAUCGGGUCACCCGUCUUACGCAGAGGUGGAGCCGGCGGGCCACGAGAAGGAGGGCUUCAUCGUGUCUGAGCAGUGCUGA